CAAGACAUCAAGGAAUCCUCGCGGCUUUACGUCGAUGCAAUAAUUCUUGACCUGAUUAAAGCUGACGAUGCAUUGAAUUGAUAAGAAUAAUUCUCUAUUUAUUUGUUUUUACUUCGUCUUUGCGAUACAAUUCCAGUCCAACCCGCAACACAGGAGCUUCGAUUCGGUCAUCAACGAAGCUUACUCUUCAUUGUACUCGAAAUUACCAAGGUCAUACCCCUAUAUCGACGUAGCGUUUAAAAUGGUCGAGUCUCGAGCCGUCAAAAGAAGAAGGGUUUCCGACGCAGCAGAAGACAACGAGGAUGGCAUAGCAUCCAGCGAAGUCCCGGAGACACCUCCGGCCGAAGAUGAAGACCCAAUGGAUAUCGAUGAAUCCGAAGCCGACGUAGCCCCGGCUGCCACUCCAUCCAAGUCCUCUCGACGACGGUCUACAGCGGUAGAAGCAGCUGAGCUGGAAGACAAGGAGACCCCGUCCAAAAGCGUUAGAGCAAGUGGGAGACAGCGAAAGGCGCCACAGAGAUUCGAAGAGCAGGUAUUCACUAGCAAAAGACGUCAGUCUCGAAAGACAGGCGAAACUCCUUCAAAGACACCCCAGUCUGCAAGAGGUACGCGCAGCGCACGCAAGGAUGUGUCGGUAGAUGAGAUGUCACCUGAGUCCAGGGUCUUGUUGCGGAAAAGGUCAACAAGGUCUGUUAGGAGUAAAAAGGAGGAGGAUAUAGAACCGACUCCUGAUACGACGGAAAGCCCUACGAUGUUGCCGCAUGUGAAUGGGGGUAUGGAUGAUAGCUAUGACCCGGUGGCUGCACAACUACAACAGGAUUUGGUUCAGGAAAUUGAAACACAAGAUGAACAAGUGCAAGCAGUUUCCUUGCCGGAAUACGCUGAAGAGUUUUACAAACUAUGCGACCCUCACUUUCGCGAGGAAGUGCGCAUGCUCAGCAGAUUCGUUCUUGAGAAACUGAAUGGGACGAGGCUGGUGCCAUUGAAAGGUUUAGAUGCGGAAUAUCAAAAAGUGUAUCAAUUGGUCGAACAGACUGUCACCGCUGGAGAGGGAAACUCGAUGCUUUUGAUGGGCUCUCGAGGAAGUGGCAAGACAGCAAUGGUUGAAUCGAUCAUUUCAUCCUUGUCCAAGGACCACAAUGACGACUUCCACGUCGUCCGUCUUAAUGGAUUCUUCCAUACCAAUGACCAGCUCGCACUGCGAGAAAUUUGGAGACAGCUUGGUCGCGAAACAAAUACAGAAGAAGAAGCUUCUAAAAUCAAUAGCUAUGCCGAUACCAUGGCGACACUGCUGGCGCUGUUGUCGCAUCCGGAGGAGCUCUUUGACGGUUCUGGAAAUGUGAAUGGCAUCGCAACUGCAAAGUCUGUUGUAAUUGUUCUUGAAGAGUUCGAUCUAUUCGCCACACAUCCCCGUCAAACCCUUCUGUACAAUCUUUUCGACAUUGCUCAAGCCCGCAAGGCGCCGCUGGCUGUCCUUGGCCUGACAACAAAGGUUGAUGUGACGGAGGCUUUGGAGAAGCGAGUGAAGAGUCGUUUUAGCCAUCGUUAUGUAUUUUUGCCAUCCGCAAAGACAUUUGAGAGCUUCGCUGAAGCGUGUCUUGCCGGGCUGGAUAUUGAGGAUGGGGAGGUACAAGAUAGCGAGCUCGGUCAGCUCAAACCAGGUAUACGGUCGCAGCUGCUUGAUGGCUGGAAAUCAUUCUUAAAAGGCUUGUGGGCUGAUAAAGAUUUCGAAACACAUCUACGACGCAUCUACAACCAAACCAAGUCCGUGAAAGACUUCUUCUCUAGCGCAUUACUGCCAAUUGCAACCCUACAUCAUAGCGCCUACACCCUCAACGAUGAAGCUAUCUCCCUUGAGAUCCCAAUUCCGCAAAGCUUCACAUCACACACACUCGCCUGCCCUGACCCGGCUCCUCUCCCAUUUGCGUCAUCCAUGACCGGGUCUACCAGUUCUACAUCUUUACCCCUCUCCCUACUUCUGGCGGCCACGCGUUUAACAGCUAUCUACGACCCUGGUCUCGACGUCUCCAACCCGCAAGACACCGCACCUCUCGCCCUUUCCUUCCCGGCUGCAUAUACAGAGUACGUCCGGCUCCUAACGUCCGCCAAAGCCAGCGCCGCCGCGCAGGGGGCGGCUGUUACUGGGGGACGAGUCUGGGGGCGUGACGUCUCGCGAGAAGCAUGGGAGAAGCUGGUGAGUUGGGGCGUAGUAGUUCCUCUCGGAUCAGGCAAUGGCACAACAGAUGGGAAGAUGUUUCGCGUGGAAGUCAGCUAUGAGGAGGUGACUGAUAUGGUUGGUGGAGGGGGCUCGUUGGGACGAUGGUGGCGGGAUUAAUCAUGGAAAUCGUUCUAAUUAUGUAUCCUUGCAGCGGGAUCAUAUGUAUGUUUAUUAUCAGUGUCUAGCAUGGUAUAUACUUUCCGAAUACCUCGUACCUCAAUACCAUGGAUAUACAACAUAGCUAAGUAUAUACCUGUAACUUAAUCAAUAUAUGAAAUAUCCAACCUACCCAAGAUAUCAAUUGAUAUCUCCCUUUCAAUCAUGGCCCGCCC